AAGUGGAUGAUGCUGUUUCGCGGACCUAACAGACCCGCGUGCGUGACAAUUAACAACGCUUUUUUUUUUUUUAUUGUUGUCAAUAUUAUCGGGAGCAACUCAUAUGAAAUUCAAUGUGUAUUUCAAAGUCGUAGAUUAAGUUACUAAUGACGCGUAAAUUCUCAGCACCGUGCGUAAAGAAGUUGAUAUUUUAUUGAUAAAAAAAAAAAAAAGCGACAAAACGGGAUUUUUUUUCUGUUAUUUGGAUUUUUUUUUCCAACAUUGUUUAUUUAGGGCAGUGCAUCAGUGGCUGCUCCCUGAUUCAGCACCGGGUGAUGGACAGCUCACCGGCUACGCACGAGGACAGGCUCGCGGAGCACACCUUCCGAUGCUAAAGCUUGGGGCACGAGACAGUAAAGUUAACGAACCAGAGUCUCGCCAUACUUACUCCCCGCCCACAUAUAUACACGCAGCUGUAGUAAAAGUGGUGCUGAAGUUUUUCCUGAUAUGCCUCCCAGCUGCGAAGAUGACAGAGUUUGCUCACACAUCAAGAUCUCGAGGUAACGUUUUGGCAUCGUGCGGAAACCACUCGGUGCUCUCCGGUGAAGUUGGACUUGGUACGGCCAGAGGAAAAAAUGGGACAAAACCACCUGUUCUCUGUCAGGAGCGCUGCUCUCUGUUUGCUGCUCUUAUGUCGGUCAGGUCUUUGUCAAGAGAAGUCCCACUACCACUCUGAGGAUGAUCUCUUCAAGACCCUGUUCGCUGGCUACAACAAGUGGUCCAGACCUGUGCCCAACAUCUCGGACGUGGUCAUUGUCAAGUUUGGACUCUCCAUUGCCCAGCUUAUUGAUGUGGAUGAGAAGAACCAGAUGAUGACAACCAAUGUGUGGCUAAAGCAGGAGUGGAAUGACUACAAACUAAGCUGGAGACCAUCUGACUACGACAACGUGACAUCCAUCAGAGUACCAUCAGAGCUCAUAUGGGUACCAGACAUCGUCCUGUACAACAACGCUGACGGGGAGUUUGCUGUGACCCACAUGACUAAAGCUCAUUUAUUCCACACUGGUAAAGUUCGCUGGGUUCCUCCUGCCAUCUACAAGAGCUCCUGCAGCAUCGAUGUCACCUUCUUCCCCUUCGAUCAGCAGAACUGUAAAAUGAAAUUUGGCUCCUGGACGUACGACAAGGCCAAGAUCGACUUGGAGCGGAUCGAAAACACUGUGGACCUGAACAACUACUGGGAGAGCGGGGAGUGGGCCAUCAUCAAUGCUGUGGGAACGUAUAAUACAAAGAAAUAUGACUGCUGCCACGAGAUCUAUCCGGACAUCACGUACUUUUUCAUCAUCAGAAGGCUUCCUUUGUUUUACACCAUCAACCUCAUCAUCCCCUGUUUGCUGAUCUCUUGCCUCACCGUUUUGGUUUUCUAUCUCCCCUCAGACUGUGGGGAGAAGAUCACUCUGUGCAUCUCUGUGCUGCUGUCCCUCACUGUCUUCCUCCUCCUCAUCACAGAGAUCAUACCGUCCACAUCCCUCGUCAUUCCGCUCAUCGGCGAGUACCUCCUCUUCACUAUGAUUUUUGUCACUCUGUCUAUCGUCAUCACUGUUUUUGUCCUCAAUGUGCACCAUCGCUCUCCUAGCACUCACAAGAUGCCCCGCUGGGUCCACUCCGUGUUCCUGGACAUGAUCCCGCGCUGGCUGUUCAUGCGGCGGCCCGCGCCAGAUGGCCGGCGCCGCAGGUUGUUGUUACUCCAGCAGGAAGCGGCGGCAGACCGGCGGCAGCAGGGUCGGAUAGUCGGGUACAAAUCCCACAACUGCCUCAGCACCUCGGCGAACUGGUUAAGAGAUGGGACUAUGUCAGAGGACACUGAGAGGAGUAGUUAUGAGGAUUUAGAGCUGGGAACGCUGACUUCAUACUUCUCCUUCAGACCGCCUUCGCCCAGACCUCCGGGGUCAACACCUCCGCCGCAACAAAAAAACCCUCAGAACAGCUUGGGCCGACAGGAGGGGGCAAACAGACAGAUAACAGGGGCCAGAGUCAACCCCACUCAGAAGCCAGCUAAAGUAGAGAAUACUGUUUCAGAAUCAACUUUCCUGCUUUCACCAAGUGUGAUAAGAGCUCUGGAAGGCGUGCACUACAUAGCAGACCAUCUGAGGGCAGAGGAUGCAGAUUUCAGCGUGAAAGAGGACUGGAAGUAUGUUGCCAUGGUGAUUGACCGCAUCUUCCUGUGGAUGUUCAUUAUUGUGUGCCUGCUUGGAACCAUUGGUCUCUUUCUCCCCCCUUGGCUAGCUGGCAUGAUCUAGCCAUUAUGGGGGGG